UAUGAAGGGCAUGGGGCUGGGAGCAGGGCUGGUGUCCCCCAACCGGGUGUCUGUGGGUGUGUCCCUGUCACCAGCACGGGUCCCUGAUGUCGACCCCAUCGAUGCGGCCGCCCACCUGCAACUACUGGGAGAGUCCCUGUCCCUCAUCGGCCACCGAUUACAGGAGACAGAGGGGAUGGUGGCGGUGUCAGGCAGUCUCUCUGUACUGCUGGACUCCAUCUUGUGUGCCCUGGGACCCCUGACCUGCCUCACAGCACAGAUCCCCCAGCUCAACGGAUGUCCCCGCCAAGUCUUGUCCAACACAUUGGACAACAUUGCCUACAUCAUGCCAGGGCUGUGAAGCCAACAUAAACAUUCCUUUCCG